GGAAAAUGGGUAUAAGUAUAGGGUACGUUUUGGUACUUUCGUAGUCGGGAUGGCAGAGCGGUCAUAACCCCCCAUCCCGAACUACUCAAAGACCCUGGCCGGGCCAAGAUACAAAAAAAAUGGCUCUGCUGCAGCAACCCAAAGAAUCGGACUGGAUUGGACUGGACUGGUUUCACAGAGCUACGCGCCUGGGCAAGAUCUACGGACUUGUUUUUGCUUCUCUUCCAGGGCAAAGUCUGCUCGUCCUGUGUGGCGAGGAACUGGUCAUCGGCAUUCCAGAGAGAGGGUCAGAUGGCUGGCACGUGAUGUUUGCGGCACGUUCCGCGUUCGAACCUGCCCCAGUGGCAGAUUUCGGCCGAGUGUCGAUUCCUCUUUGGUUCUGCCUGCCUCGGUAUAGUAUGUGCAUGCCCUCCGACCGACUGUUUCGCGCGCUUUUCGCAGUAUCAUUCGUUUCACCUGGGCCUGCCUCGCGCCUAGUACAUGGCUCCGAACGAAGGCGCUCGAGAGAGGUAUAUGACCGGUCUAAGCGUCACCACCGCAAUGGACGUGCUGCAUCCUGCCGCGUCAGGCUGACCAUCAAGCUGUGGUGACAUCCGAUACGCACGCUCUGCUGUUGCGCUCUCAAUCAAUCAAGUUGAACGAUCCUGUCUUCGCCUGCGUUCAACGAGAUGCCCAUCCUCACCGAAUCGAUGCUAUCGAAUCUCAUUUCGGCCUCUCAGUCGUCAGAAGCUGUAUAGAACAUGCACUUACGGCGUGUGGGCGUUCGGG